AUGCUGUUUAACAGCAGCUGUAAAACGCAAGUUGUAAAAACACAGCACACAACAGCCACAAACACACCCCAACUCCUUAUUCCAUCACACAGACCCCAACCAACGCCCUCCAUCACACAGGGUGCAACCAACCCCAACGCCCUCCAUCACACAGGAUCCAACCAACCCCAACUCCCUCCAUCACACAGGCCCCAACCAACCCCAACGCCCUCCAUCACAGAGGAUCCAACCAACCCCAACGCCCUCCAUCACACAAGCCCCAACCAACCCCAACGCCCGCCAUCACACAGGAUCCAACCAUCCCCAACUCCCGCCAUCACACAGGAUCCAACCAACCCCAACUCCCUCCAUCACACAGGCCUCAACCAACCCCAACUCUAUCCAUCACACAGGCCCCAGCCAGCCAACCCCUCCAUCACGCAACCAACCCCAACCAUCACACAGGAUCACACAGGCCCCAACCAACCCCAACGCCCUCCAUCACAGAGGAUCCAACCAACCCCAACUCCCUCCAUCACACAGGCCCCAACCAACCCCAACGGAUCCAACCAUCCCCAUCCCGCCACAGAGGAUCCAACCAACCCCAACUCCCUCCAUCACACAAGCCCCAACCAACCCAUCCAACCUCAACGCCCUCCAUCACACAGGCCCCAACCAACCCCAACGCCCUACAUCACACAGGCCCCAACCAACCCCAACUCCCUCCAUCACACAGGCCCCAACCAACUCCCUCCAUCACACAGGCCCCAACCAACUCCCUCCAUCACACAGGCCCCAUCCUCAUGGUCCAUGAGGGCAUAA